AUGGCUGCAGCAGCGGCGGCACCGGCACCCCCGAGCCCCACCGGCGGCGACGCGCAGCGCCCGUCCCGCGGCGGCCCCGGCGGCGGCGGCAGCGACAGCAAGAGCGGCGGCCCGGGCGCGCUGGAGCUGGCGGCGGCGCGGCGGAGGCUGGUGGCGGCGGAGGGGCGGCGGCGGGCGGCGGCCGAGCUGGAGGGGCGGGUGCGGCAGGUGCACUGCGCUCUCCUGCACGCCGAGCUGCGCCUGGCCGCCCGCGCGGAGACCCUGGGCCGGCUCGGGGCCGGCGUGGCCCAGGCGCAGCUGGCCCUGGCAGCGCAGAGCCAGCGGCUGCAGAAGGGGCUGCGCCGCCGCCCGCGCCCCCGGCCCGGCGCGCUCCUCGCGGCCGCCCGCGCCCUCCGCAGCUGCGUCCCCUGGGCCCCUGCGCGCACCCGCGGGGCCGCCGCGGGCACCCCCGUGCGCCGCCUGCCCUCCGCCGCCCGCAGCUCCGCCUAGGGAGAGCGGCGGGGGAGCGGGGCUGGGGCUGCCGGGGAGCCGGAGGGGUCUGGGGUGCUCGAGGGGGUUUGAUGGGUGGGGACCCGGGGGGUUCUGAAAGUGGGGGACACCUCGGUGGGUCUGGGGGACCCUGCAGGAUCUGGGGGACCCCGUGGUGGGGGGGGAGAUCCAGUCCUUCAAGGAGUCUUGGGAAGUCUAAACGGUGGGGCCACGGGAGGUUUGGGGAGUUGGGGGGGGUCUGGGGUACUUGACGGGGUUUGAUCGGGGGGACCCGGGGGAUUUGGGGGCUCUGAGAGUGGAGGGACUCCUUGUUGGGCUCACUGAUGGAGCUGUGGGACCCCGUGCUGUGGGGGGAUCCAGUAGAGCCCGGGGUUGUUCGGGGAGUCCUGGGGAGUCUGAUGGGAUGGGACCUGGUGGGUUUGGGAGUCCUGGGGUGGGGGGCACCUUGGUGAGUGUGAGGGGCCUGGGAGACCCUGCAGGAUCUGGGGGACCACCUGGUGUGGGGUAACCCAACGGGGUCUGGGGUCCUUUAGAGGAGUCUGGUGGGUUGGGAACCGGUGGGUUUGAGGGUUACAGUUGAAUUCUGCAGAAUGUGAAGGGUCCAGGGGACUCUAUGGGGUGAGAGGACCCAGCAGGGUCUGGGGAAUCCGAUGGGAUUUAGGGGUCCCAGAGGGAUCCUGCAGGGUGGGGGAUGUCUGGGGCACUUGGCGGGGUCUGGGGACCUUGGGAGUGGUCUGAGGGGUCCAGUGGGAUGAGACCCAGUGGGUUGCAAGGGCUUAAGCAUCCUUGAGGGUGCCAGGGAGAUCCUGCAGGGUCUCAGGGACUCUGUGGGGUGGGGGUACCCAGCAGGGUCUGGGGACCCCAGCAGUGGCCUGAAGGGUCUGAUGGGGGGAGACUCUGGGGUAUUUGGGGUUCCAUAGGGGACCCUGUGGUAUUAGGGCACU